CGCUCGCGAGAAUGGUUUUACGCGCGCGGAUGCCGUUCUGCGCGCGCAGAGUAGAGAUGCGACCUCGCGAGUGCGCUUCGUCCCCGCGGUGUUGAUCUGCUCUCUCGUAUUACGCGCGUGUGGUUUGUACGCGCGCGAGUUUUGAGCCCAAACUAACGCCAUAGGACAUGGCAGAGCCCGCAGGGAAGAGGCUCAAGAGCAGCCUGCCCGUGUGCAGAGCGCACCGGAGCUCCGCGGGCGGCGGCCGCGCCAGGCACAACCUCCCGGCCGCCGUGGAGGAGGCUCUGUGCGGCGUGAGCGGCCUGCUGUGGGACGGGGCGCACAGACUGCAGGCUCUGGCCAGCGUGUUUGAGAGGGACGACGUCGCCCUGCCUCGCGUAGCGUCUUUCUUCCACCAGGAGGCGCUGAAGCAGCAGGCCCAGGCCGAGGCCAUGCUGGGCUACCUGGCUGAGAGGGGGGGCAGAUACUGCGGCAGAGACAUCCAGAAGCCCGGCUGUGAGGCGGUCUGUGCCGUGUUACCAGCUCUGGAGCUGCUGCUGCUCCAGCUGAAAGAGGAGGCCGGCGUGCUGGUCGAGCUGAGUGAGAUGGCCCGCGAGCACGGGGACCCGCACACAGCCAGCGUCGUGAAGGGCAACUUCCUGACACAGCGGGUUGACCGCCUCAAACUGCUGGGCGACCUGCUCACCAGUGCCCGUCGGGUGGGCUGCACCAACGACCAGACCGGGGGAUAUGGGGAGUACAUCCUCAACGAGCUGCAGGAAGAACUCACCAGAUGAUCCAUCUGCUUCGCCUUAAAGACAAGUCUUGGCUGGUAUGUCAAACUCCUUUUGGAAUUUCUCUGAAGGAAGUCAACCUUGAGUCGAGAUUGGAUAUCAUUUUCAUCUCACUGUGUCCAGUUCAGAAAUAGGUCCAGAACGUGUUUAGCAUAGCUAAGCACAAAGACUGAAAGCCGGGGGCAAGCGGUUUGCGUAAAUUUUUUUUAAAAAAAAUGAUAAUUUAAUUCGACUUGACAUUAAACUGCUAAAAGAGUAUUAUCAAAAGAGAGUUAGCACCUUUUCCAACAACUCCAAAGCAGUUUGAUUAACAUUCAAGACUGUUGAAAGUUCUUCAUUAAAUAUUUCCAUCUAAAUAUCCUCCAUGAAUCACUGUCAGCACUUUUAGCUAACGGGAAUUUCCUGUUGGUGUAUCUUAUUGUAUGAUAGAUGUGUGUGUUGUCUCUGUCUUGUGAUAAAUUUUCUACGUGAAUAUUAUGUGAAUUCCUUCACAUUUAAAAAAAAUGAGGUACAGAUUUUUCAGACUAUCCUUUGAGGAAUUCAAGCUUGUUUUUUUAAAAAAAACAACAACCUUUUGAAGAGUUCCACCCUGAGCAGAUAGUCAGUGGCAGCUGAUGUUUUAGUUUGACUUAAUAAUUCCAAAACAUUACGAAUAUUUCCUGAAAUGUACAUGAAGCCAUUUUAAUGGGACACUUAAUGCAGUGAUUCCUCCAAGUAUACUGCUACUGUGCGUCCACUGUUUACGAACUUGUGUAUUCCAACACAUCAAUGUAUAACGCAUAAAAAAGUGUAUUUACUUUUUAAUAGUAUAUUUUUCUUUUUUGACUUGUCAUUGGCUUGACUGCUCCAGUGUGCUAGGAGAAAGACUGGGGCGUUGACAUUUUUCAUACGCACUACUGCUGAUAUGAUUCUCGGGCUUGUUGUAAUAAAGUUAAAGUUGGACAAAGCAUUUUGCAAUUAUCUGCGUUCUCUUUUGUAUAUGUAAAUAAUGUGAUUAUGUUGUAUUACUAAAUGCUAGUUGAUAUAUACAGCAUUAUUUUUUUUACCUUUUUGUACAAUUUAAAAACAUUUCACAAACAAAUGUAACAAUGUCUUUGAAUGUUUUUUCCUUACACUCACAAGAUAAUGUUAUUAUGUAGUACAAUACAUUACAACGAUUUUUUAAAAGGUCCCCCCAUCCCAGCCCACAACAUAAUUAAGCUCUUAACAUUUGUUUUACCAUAAGAGCUAAAAACAAAAAAGCAAUUUAUAUGAUGACAGUAUCGUAUGUACAGAUCAAUGGUACCUCUAGCAAAGCUAUGAUAUGCAUAAAUUGUCUUUUAGGUAUCCUGUCCCGCAUUUUACUUAUGUAGAACUCCCCUAUGUCUCCUUUUUUAAAUAAAUUGCUUCCAGAUUUUCUCAUAAAUAAA